AUGUUCAUUGGCAACAAGAGUAUUGCCUUGCUCCUCGCGGUAGCGGCUGUCUUUACUGGCACAGACGCAAAGGACGAAGCUGCUGAAUUUGGCGGAUUUCCAGGUAUGGGCGGCAUGGGAGGCGGAUUUCCCGGUAUGGGCGGCGGACUUCCUGGUAUGGGAGGCAUGAAAGGUGGACUUCCUGGUAUGGGUGGCAUGGGAGGUAUGGGCGGUGCUAAACCUCCUGGAAUGGGCGGCAUGGGCGGCAUGGGCGGCGGACUUCCUGGCAUGGGCGGUAUGGGAGGUAUGGGCGGUGCUAAACCUCCUGGCAUGGGCGGCAUGGGCGGCGGACUUCCUGGUAUGGGCGGUAUGGGAGGUAUGGGCGGUGCUAAAUCUCCUGGCAUGGGCGGCAUGGGCGGCGGACUUCCUGGCAUGGGCGGUAUGGGAGGAAUGGGCGGUGCCAAACCUCCUGGCAUGGGCGGCAUGGGCGGCGGACUUCCUGGCAUGGGCGGAAUGGGGGGAAUGGGCGGUGCCAAACCUCCUGGCAUGGGCGGCAUGGGAGGUGGAUUUCCUGGCGUAGGUGGUGGCGCUGGAGGCGUCGGUACUUCUGGUGGAGGCGGCGGCAAGUCGGUAUCAGGAAUGGGCGGUGGAACGGGCGGUACAAGCAGUAUGUACUCCGGCACAGGAGGUGCAGGACCUAGCGGCGGUCCUAGCUACACGAUGCCUGCUAGUACCACCGGCGGGGCAGGGCCAGGGACAGUACAUCCACUUGCUCCAAGCACCGGAGCCGGGUUUUCGAAUGGCGCAGGAGCUGGGCCUCCUCCGGUUGUUUCGGGUGGCGCAGGAGCUGGGCCUCCUCCGGUCGUUUCGGGCAAUGGCGGACCAGUGACAAGCGGUGGUGCAGGCCAGGGCGGACCUUCCGUAUAUGGCAACCCAGCCACUGGAACUGGGACUGCUGGGCAGGGUGCCGCUGGAGACGCUUCAAAUGUGAAGCAGUAUCGCCGUCUUCGAUCCGAGUAA